AGCCCCCAAAAAAAUCCAAAUACCACAGAGAACACGCCCGGUCCGGCAACAUUGUCUCCUUCCCUCCCUCUGCGACGCUCUCUCCGAUGGACUCCGCAGAAUUAAGCUUACAAAACUCUUACCAGAUUUAAAGAAAAAAAAUAGUUAAACAAAAACCGGCCAUCAAACCGCAUGGAAAGCCCCUCGUAAACCCUCCUCCUCGCCGUCCCCCAAUGGCCCGACCCCCCUCCCCGGAGUCCGCCGGCGAGAAGGAGAACAUCGCCCAAACGCGGCCGUCCGGUGGAGGAGGCACGGCGAUGCGGCUCGUGGUCCCACUCCAAGGCGUCGUCCAGGGCCGAGGGGGCCUCGUCCUCGGCUCCCUCCUCCCCUGCGCCCUAUUCUACGUCCUCCAGCUCUACCUCAAGCGCAAGAACCGCUCCUCCCCCGCCGCCAGCGUCUCCGAGCUCCCCGCCGGCAUUCCCCGGACCCCUUCCCGGGGUCUCCUCUCUUCGAAAACCUCCACCGGCCCAGCACCGAUCUCCUCCCGGGCCGCCUCCGUCGCUGGACCCAGUGAUUCCCCGUACUAUGUUGGGUAUAAGAAGUGCCGGGAGGACCCCUACCAUCCCGCCUCCAAUCCCAAUGGCGUCAUGCAGCUCGGAUUGGCCGAGAACCAGUUGUCGCUGGAUUUGCUCCGGGAUUGGCUUGCUGAGAAUUUGAAGGAUCUGGCGCUGGAUGGCGAGGAGGGGAAUUUGAGUAUCAGUGGCUUGGCAACUUACGAGCCGUUUGAUGGGUUGAUUGAAUUGAAGAUGGCUGUGGCUGGAUUUAUGAGUCAUGUCAUGCAAGGAUCAGUCUCAUUUGAUCCAUCAAGAAUCAUAUUGACAGCUGGUGCAACUCCUGCAAUUGAGACACUCAGUUUCUGUCUUGCAGACCCUGGAGAUGCAUUCCUUGUACCUUCACCAUAUUAUCCAGGAUUUGAUAGGGAUAUAAAAUGGCGAACUGGCAUAGAUUUAAUACCUGCACCAUGCCGAAGCACGGAAAACUUUAGUUUGAAUAUCGCCACUCUUGAAAGGGCAUAUAAUCAGGCGAAGAAGCGAGGCAUAAAGGUCCGUGCUGUUCUUGUUUCAAACCCCUCCAACCCUGUGGGCAAUCUACUGAAUAGGGAAACCCUGUAUGACCUUCUUGACUUUGCCACGGCAAAGAAUAUCCAUCUGAUUUUGGAUGAAGUUUAUGCUGGAUCAAUCCAUGGAAAUGAGGAGUUUGUUAGUAUUGCAGAGGUUCUGCAGACACAAAAUUUUGACAGGAGCAGGGUUCAUAUAAUAUAUGGGCUGUCAAAAGAUCUCUCUGUUCCAGGCUUCAGGGUGGGAGUCAUCUAUUCCUUUAAUGAACAUGUCCUCUCAGCUGCUUCAAAAUUUGCAAGAUUCUCAUCCAUUUCAGCUCCCACUCAGCACUUGCUAGUCUCAAUGCUUGCAGAUUCAAAAUUUAUUACCAGGUAUGUCAUGCAAAACAAAAAGAGGCUUCAGAAAAUGUAUGCUUUGUUUGUGAAUGCGCUCAAACAGUUAGGUAUUGAUUGUGUAAAAAGCCCUGGUGGAUUUUACUGUUGGGCAGACAUGAGCAAGUUCAUUCGACCAUACAGUGAGAAAGGGGAGCUUGAGCUGUGGGAUAAACUGCUUAACAUAGCUAAGAUUAAUAUAACACCUGGAUCGUCAUGCCACUGUAUUGAACCUGGCUGGUUUCGGUGUUGUUUUACAACAUUGUCAGAGGAUGAUAUACCUGUAGUUAUUGAACGCAUGAUGAUAGUUAUUAAUAAGCAUAAUGAUUAUCAUUGAAAUGCUAGAAGGUGACUUCGAUGCUACAUCAGUUUGGUCUGUUGUUUUCAUUAUGCUGAGUCAGCAAGCUUUCUGCCGUAGAUAGCAGGGAUGACGUUAAUUCCCUCUCAAUAUUGUCAUCUAUUUUGCCCAUCCAAGAAAUAGACUAUGUUGUUGGACUCUGCUUUGGAAGCAUACAUGUUGAGGUUUGGGGUGAGAUAAAACUAAUCUUAACAUGAUCCUUGAGUAGGUCCUGUGGUGAUCAUUCCCGGCUCUGGCGGUAGAUUGAUGCAUUGUUUUUGUUGCUGCUGGUACUGAAUGGAAAGCACAUGAGCACUCUUCUUUAUGAGUACCUGCAAUGGUGGGAGGACUCAUGAACGGUCUCUAUAUUUCUACUGCAAGAGUAACCGGUCCAGAAGUUCUGCUGUAUAUGGAAUGUAUCUCUAGAAAUAUAAAAAUCAUAUUUGUCUCCUAAAGCUAAAUUGCAGUUUAAAUUCUGUGA